AUGUCUGAGCGUGCCCUAUCACCGUCACCAGAAGAAAUUCACGAGCACUCUCUUUCUACUCAAUCUCAUCGCCCGCAAUCUCCCCUGUCUGCUGGCCAUCAUUCCCCUGAACAGUCUUUCAUUACGGACGUCUUCAGUGAUGCCUUUUCUCUCGAGCCAUUGGAUUCUGUUGAUUCUCCUCUAGACCACUCUGGUCAAUCCGACCACGCUUCGUCGAACUCGUCUACCACAUUGGAUGACGAGAAUGGUCUGUCCUCAUACCUAAGCCCCUUUCGAGACUCGGUUGCUUCAUUCCAGUCGCAAAUGUCGCAACGAUCGGGCUCUCCAAAACCGGAACCGAUAUCUGAGCGUGAACAAGCCGCUCCAAAUCAUCCUCCUGUCGUCACCCAAAAUGCCGUUUCCUCGUCUAUUACUCGUCACUCGUCCUCCGCCUCUUCGACGACCCAUCCUCCUCCAUCCGUGGCACAUCGAAGCAUUAGUGUUUCUUCUCGUUUCUCAAUGCCUAGAGCCCUAAGCCCGUAUACUGGCCAGACCAGACCUACACAUCCAUACGCUAUGUACCCUCAAGCUACCGGUUUGGAACGGAGUCAGGUUGAGCCAAUGCCGCCCCAGCAUCCGUACGCCAUGUAUCCGCAGAAUACUGUCCCAGAGGAGGAAGACGUGGAAGUGCACUCUCCUAUCCCAGUUGGUUUUCCUGGCCGCGAACAGGCAUUCCGGUCCCGGGGAAACGCUGGCGCCAAUGAAGUUGGAGAUAUUGUUGGGGUAGAUGGCCAUACUGAACAACUGCCGCCUUAUACGAGAUAUCCAGAUGGGACACCCCAAAAAUUUGGAUCCCACGAAUUUGUCACCCCGCCUCCGCCGGUGACGUUAGCUGGUGUCCCGGUAUCCCCAGAAUCAGGAGUAUCAUCCCGAACCCUAUUGGAUGAAAAUGGGGCUGGCCGACAAAAUGCUCCCGCUGGUGAACCUCAAGCGGAUGACCCAAGCAGUAGUAUCAAGGAAAAACUGGUCGAAAAAGGCAAAACUAGAGUGUGCUGUGGUCUCCAAAUAUGGACUAUUAUCCUCAUUGCUAUUGUCGUUUUGAUUGGAGCAGUAAUUGGCGGUGUUGUUGGAGGUGUAGUUGGAAACAAGCGAGGGGAGAAAGCAGGUGGAGCAAGUGCUAGUUCUGCAUUAAGUGGUGGAAGUCCUACUUCCGUUUUUGUAACGGUAACGGCCACCACUAUGUUGGAUGCAGCACAGUUAACGACUACGCCUUCCCUUCUCCCAAUCCCAACUGGUGAUUUCCAGAUCCCUGCAGCUUCGCUACAUGGAUCAUCAAAUAGCUGCGUCAAUGACGAUGAUCUUGUGAAGUCAUGGCAGUGCAUGAACAAAGGUUCAUUUUCUUGCUCGCUCUCCGAGGAAGACGACGGAUCAAAAAGCAUCGAACUCCAACCUUACAAGCGGAAUGGGAAUUUCGUAUAUGGUGCCCAAGCUCCAGCACUGGAAGUCACGACUUUCGACCUCAAACUGAUGCUCGAUAGGACCCAACCAGAUUUGGGUCCAGCCUUAUUCUUUUUCACGCCCUUUGAUAAACUUGUGAUAAUUCAUUCCGAUGACUUCCCUCACGUUCUUUCAGGACAACCAGUUGAUGGGGUCCAGCUCCGUCGACGUGCGGGAACUACAGCACCCAUGGCGUCAAAACCAGGUGAUCGGCCUUAUUUUUGCUGGUGGAAUAGUACUUAUUUGGAACUUUUCAUCUAUGUCAACCAGCAACUCUCCGAACCUACGACAACAACGGGCUCGGGCCAAUAUACGCCAACUAAGACCUCCACAACACUCACAUCCACAACUGCACUCCCCUCUCUAGACCUUCGCGGGCUUCGAACAACUUCUUUAGCGGCACCUGGUGGCCUACCAAUAGAGUACCCUCGCAUGAUCAAAUUGGAAGAAAUAAGGUCUUCCACUGAUGGAACUCCUCCAUACUGCGAGCAGAUGCAGGUGAUGGAUGAUGGAACUAUAUCAGGCCCACUUGGGUCUCGAGUUCCUGUUGACGAAGCCGAAACAACACUAUCCAGUUCGCGGAGUGAUGGUAACGGCACCUUGAGUGCUCCGGACAAUGAUGAUGAUUGUUUCUGCCAGUGGAUCGUUGGUUAG